AUGAUUUUGGAUAUGUUAAAGGCUAUCGAUAAGCGAAGUACACCGGCUGAAAAAGAAGUACAAAAGCUCUCUUUACAAUUACAACAGACUCAAGAAAGCUUCAAAACUAAAGUUACAGAGUGCGCGUUGCUUCGAACCGAUCUUCUCAAGAAAAAAGAAGAAUUGGAAAAAGAGCGUUGUCAGCAUCGUGAAGCACAGAAUAAGUUGCGGGAGUUAGAAAUGAAGUUUGAGGGCCUGACGACGCACACAAAUAUGUUAUUAGGUACAAAAGAGCAAGCACUUGAGCAAGAAGUGAACGUCAGAACACUCAAACAGUGCUAUAGAGAAGCUAGGGAAGAAAUCGAUGAACUAAGAACUUUGAUGAAAGAGCAGAAUGACCAGCUUCAAGACUACAGAGUUAAAUAUCUUCAAGCACAACAACUAGUAGAAGAACAAAAGCGUCAAAUGGACAUGAUGGACAUGGACAAUACAAGGAUAAGUGAACAGAUAAACCUAGAGAUACAGAAAGUGAAGAUAAAGUUCCAAGAAAAACUACAAGAGUUAGCACCAAUUCCAGAUUUAUUAAAGGCGACUCAGAUGAGGUUAAAAGACGCGCAGCAGUCGCAAGCAAUAGCCGAGCACAACGCGGAACAGUUAGCUAGGGAACUUAAUUGCGCUAGAGAAAAGGUUCAUGUACUUUUGCAUAAUACUAUAAAACCGCCGGAGAAACCUCCAGAGAGGACUGCAGAUGAGAAACAAAUGGCGCUGCUGAACCAAAGAAUCUCACAACUAACAGAAACGAAUAUGAGCCUUAAGAAUGAAAUUGAGAGACUGAAAGCAAAUGUAAUACGCAUGGAAGAGGCCGUACUAGCUAACGAAAAACGGUUACAAGAAAAAAUGCACGAGUGCGCACAGCUCGGUGGCGAGUUGGAUAGAGCCCGCGAUGAGGCUGCGAGAGCACUACAGCGUGCUAAUGAACGUACAGAGACUAUACGCAAGUGUAUGCAGACUACGAUUGCUGAAUUGGAAAGACAGCUUGCAGCCUCUAGGGCACAAGUUACGAACGCUGAAAAAGAACGCGAAGAAAUACAAUGCCGCAUGCAGUGUCAAAUAAAGCGUCUGAAUGAUAAUUUCGAACAGGCUCAAUUAAGAAUUCUAGGGCUUCAAAGUCAAGUGCAAACAUUAAGACGGACUGUCUCAAGCACAGAUGGUGAAGGCGACGGCGACAUACAAGAAUGUGCUUGCAAGAGUUUCUUUGAAAACCCUUAG